UGCCAAAAUUGUUGCGGUUGUAAAGGAUUUUUAGUUUAUCGAAAAAAUUAUAAAAACUUAAUUAAAUUAUAAAAAUUGCCGGUAACAGGCAUUUGAACUUUUAAAAUUAAUCAAUGGGUUCCUCCCAUAGUACUGAAGUGCCAGGAGGCGGCUCUGAAGGAUAUCAUGUUUUGCGGGUUCAAGAUGGAUCUCCAGGACAAAAGGCAAAUCUGGAAGCAUUCUUUGAUUUCAUAGUAGCAAUUGAAGACACUAGGCUAGACCAGGAUAAUGAUACCCUGAAGGAGUUGUUAAAGAAAAAUGUCGAUAAAACUAUCAAAAUGUUAAUUUAUAGUAGUAAAACUCAAAUGGUCAGGGAAGUGAUGAUUACUCCAAGUGCUAAUUGGGGUGGUCAGGGCCUACUUGGAGUUAGCAUUCGAUUUUGUUCCUUUGAAGGUGCUAAUGAAAAUGUUUGGCAUGUAUUGGAGGUACAUCCAUCAUCGCCUGCGGAGUUGGCUGGAUUAAGACCAUUCUCUGAUUAUAUAAUAGGAGCAGAUUCCAUCAUGCAUGAGAGUGAAGAUCUAUUUACAUUGAUUGAGGCACAUGAGGGCAGAGCUUUGAAGCUCUAUGUUUACAAUGUAAAUGAUGAUACUUGUAGAGAAGUGCACAUCACACCUAAUCAUAAUUGGGGUGGAGAUGGUAGCUUAGGAUGUGGAAUAGGCUAUGGCUACCUGCAUAGGAUUCCAAUAAGAAGUGCACAGGCCUUGCCACCAAAACAACCUUAUGCAGCUAGUGUACCAAUGAUGUCCAAUACUGCUAACAUUCAACAGAAUGUAAUACCAGGUGUACAAAAUUUAAACAUAGAUGAUGAUAAGACUCCUUUGAUGUCUGCACCUCAAGUGUCUAAUGUUCAGGCAGAGUACUCACCAGGGGUACCACCACCUUUCUUGUCAGGAGUUCCAAUGGUCAACCCUGGUAAUUAUGUCCCCCCACCAGGAGGUGUGACUACCAUACCUCCACCUAUUACUCCUCAACAACAAGCAGGACAGCAAGUUAUUUCUACACAGCAGCCCAUGUCUCAGGCACAAUCAGUUGUUUCCAAUAUGGCAGCAUACUCUAGCAAUUUAGCAGAUGCAACAUUAACCAACCUGGGUAGUAUACCAUCUGUGUCAAAUAUGCAACCUCCAGCACCUCUGCCUAAUUUGCCUGGUAUUCCAAUGAAUCAGCCUCAACCUUACAUACCGAUUAUGCCAAACUAUACUGCAUCACAAGUACCCACAUCUGCAGCGUAUCCACAGGGUGCCACAAACUUAGUUCCCACAUUUGACAUGACCAACUUUGCUCAGACUCCAAUACAGCCACCUCCGAUCUCUAGUGGACUGCCCGUUGUCACACCAGUGUCAUUGCCAGGAAUGCCAUCUAUCACAGUGAGUGCCACACUGCCCGUCUCCACUAUGCAAGAAAUACACCAACAACAAUCACAGCAGCACCAAGACUUGUUAUCGUGAAAUAAUAUGUUUGUUAUACUACAUACUUAUUUAAUAUAUUAAGCAGAGACUUCUUAUAUUGGCCCAA